AUGCCGGACCGAGUGGAUGAUGAUGCGCAAUUGGCUGCCUUGGGCCACAAGGCCGAGUUGCAGCGCAACUUUUCUAUGCUGUCAAUGCUGGGUCUUGCUUUUGCCAUUCUGAAUUUUGUCGCUCAGUCUGCCGUCGGGAGGGAGUACAAGUGUCGUCUGGGGUACUUGUCGCUAGGUCUGGUUACCGCCGGUUUCUGCAACUUGUGCAUUGCUGCUUCGCUGGCCGAGUUUUUGUCUACAUAUCCUACUGCGGGCGGUCAAUAUCAUUGGGUCGCUGUUAUCUCCUGGCCGAAAUGGGUGCCAGUUCUCUCGUGGAUCACUGGCUGGAUCAAUGUCGCGGGAUGGGUUGCCCUCGUUGCUACCGCUGGUCUUCUGGCCAGUGAACUUAUCAUUGGAGUUAUCUAUUUGAUGCAUCCGAGCUACGUCUCUGAACGUUGGCACCAAUUCCUGAUAUAUAUCGGAUACAACAUCGCCGCGUUCAUUAUUAACGCGCUCAUGAACUCUACCCUCCCGAUGGUUACCCGAGCGGCUUUUAUCUGGUCUAUUGCCGGCUUUGUCAUUGUCUCUAUCACCGUAUUGGCUUGUUCCUCACCAGAUUACAACUCUGGGAAAUUUGUUUUCACCGAAUUCUUGAAUGAGACCGGUUGGCCAGAUGGGAUUGCCUGGCUGCUUGGGUUGCUUCAAGGUGGUCUUGGUGUUACCGGAUACGAUGCCGUGGCCCAUAUGAUAGAAGAAAUCCCAAAUGCCGCCAUCGAAGGACCCAAGAUCAUGGUUUACUGCGUCUGCAUCGGCACUUUCACUGGCGUUAUCUUCCUCGUCGUCCUACUCUUCGUACCGGGCAACAUAGACACAAUCAUUUCAUCCUCCGCUGGCCCUUUGCUACAGAUCCUCUAUAAUGCAACUCAGAACAAGGCCGGCGCUAUCUGUCUUCUGAUCUUCCCAUUGAUCUGUCUGCUUUUCGCAGCUGUCACUAUCAUGACUACCUCCAGCCGCAUGGUUUACGCCUUUGCUCGUGAUGGCGGUCUCCCGGCGUCCCCGUUUUUCGCUAAAGUGCACAAAAAGCUGGACGUGCCUUUGAAUGCGUUGUACCUGACUACUCUUCUCGUCAUAAUCUUCGGUUGUAUUUUCCUCGGUUCUUCUAGCGCAUUCAAUGCCAUCAUCUCCGCCUCCGUCGUUGCGCUCGAUAUCUCCUACGGAAUGCCUAUUUUGAUCAAUGUUCUCCGUGGUCGUAAGAUGAUUGCUCACAGUCCGUGGAAGAUGCCUGAGCCAAUUGCCUGGAUUGCGAAUAUCAUAUCUCUUGUAUAUAUCAUCCUCACUACAGUUCUCUUCCUGUUCCCACCAGACCUGCCCACGACAGCAAGCAACAUGAACUACUGCGUUGCUGCCCUUGGCAUUGUCCUCCUUAUCUCCUUGUUCCAAUGGAUACUUGACGGCAGGAAAAACUUCACUGGUCCGCGCCAUGGCCUCGAGGAAUUGACUCAUGGAGUUGCCGUUGGACAGGCUGCCGUUGAGCAGCCGGUGUUUGAUGAAGAAAUCAGAGAGAAGACGGCCGUAGAGUCGGGAUCUUUGUAA